AAAAAUUUAAAUGUCCACAAACAACAACAUGGGCGAGAUAUGGAUCUAAAGUUUUAGAACUGCGGCGAAAUACAAAGCUUUUGUGGCAUAAAAUAGUGCUCAAAAUGCUUCGUUUAUUCGGUCGAAACUUCAUAUUCAACAGAAAUAGCCGUGAACUGUUUACAAGAGUCCAAAAUGUACGAUUUCUUGCAGUUUCGUCAAGGCAAUAUUCGACUAAUUUUGAAGAAGGCAGCUCAAAUCAGUCAAAUGCAAACGAAUCGAGCAAUCGCGACCCAGAGAAAGUGAAGCGAGCCAAGCUACUGGAUGUUUUAAUCAUUUCGUCCAUCGGGAUUAUUGGUUUUGGUUAUUUAAUUGUUAGGAGAACGUUUUCUGGGCAAGUUCACGCCAAGAGUGCUGAGGGUUUGGAACGAGGGAGUGGGGAAGGGUUAGAUGCUUCAGCUGGCGAAGGUGGAGAGACUCAGAUACAAAGGAAGAAGAGGAAGAGCUUCAAGGAAACAAGGGUAAGUUAAGGCAAGCUGGCUCCCCUUCUACUUUGGUGUCUGCAUGAUCGAUGGCCACUUUCAUCUCCUGCCUUAAGCCUGAUCUUCAUCAGUUGGCAACACUUAGCUUGCAGAUGUUAAUUCUGUUUAACUGCCCUUUCGCAAUACAUCACCGACCGUCUCAAGAAAUAAAAAAAAAUUGUUUUUUUGUGGCACUUGGCGAUAAUAAAACAAAUGAAAACACUGUUCGCGACAGUCAACGAUGUCCACUGAUGAAAGCCAGCCUAUAAAGACACCCUCUGACCUUUGAAUAAUCAGUAUGCAUGCACUCCAGCCGUCUCAGUGUAGAUGCAAGACUCACUAUCCAAACAAACUAACUAGAAUAGCACAAUUUAUACUGGCAAUGGUUCUGGGAAUAAAUCAUGCCUGAGAUUUUCCUGAUCAUAUAAUUACUUUAACCCAUUGAGUGGCAGCACUCUUUCCUCAACAAGUAAAAUUGUCUGGCAAUAGACAGAGUGAAAGAAUAAAAUAGGGCACAUCAGGGCACAUUGCCACUUAAAGGGUUAAUAGAAUGUAUGGGCAGAUAGUUUGGUUAACCCAUUGAGUUACAGCACUCUCCCAUUGAUGAGUAAAAUCAUCUUGUGUUAGACAGAGUAAAACAAUAAAGUAGGAUGUAUUAGGCAGGGCUCGAAACUUGCGGUAUCCCGAUAUCCACAGGAUAUCAGAUUUUAAUUUUGGAUACUGGGUAUCAUAAGCUCAGUAUCCCAACUGGAUACUAGGAAAACUUAGAAAUUGCGAUAGUAGAUAAUCAUCUAGACGUUUGGCAUGUUUCCGAACUUCAAUGUCAACGGAUUUUGGCAGAAUAUAUAAAAAAUUUCACAAACGGUGCUUUCUUUCGUAUCGCUGCAGUGUGUUAUUUUCAAUUUUUUCGAAUUUCAAUACAUAUUUUUAUUAUUGAAACUGAAGGCCUGGUUGCAAGGUAAAAUUUUGCCUUGCUUAGAUACUGGAAAUAGAAUAUCUAGUAUCCAAAUCUGGGUUACUAUAUUUCAAGGAUGGAUACUAGAUUCUAUGAUGCUGGUAUCCACUUGGAUACUGACAAAAAUUUCAAGUUUCGAGCCCUGAUUAGGACACAUUGCCACUUAAAGGGUUAAAUUAUUUACUAUAAACUUAAAUUCUGACUUGUUUCGCAGAUCAUUGGGUAUGAAGACAGAAUUCGAGCAUACAGUACGCCAGAUAAAAUAUUCCGUUACUUUGCAACAAUCCAAACUGGCCACUUGGGGACUGGAGAGACUGAGAUAUUUAUGACGCCGCGAGAUUUUGUUCGAUCUCUUACGCCUGGAAUACUUCAGCCUGAAGGUAAACAUCUGAACACCUUGCUAAAAUAACUGAACAUCCCCCCUGGAUGGAAAUCUGAACAAACCCUAAAAACAAAUUCCAUGCUCCCCCCUGGGAAAUGUGAAUGAACCCCCGGAACCAAUCCCUGAACAUCGGCACUUGCCUAUUUUUAACCACCCCCACAAAAAAAUAUUCUUCAACCUGACCAAUUAAAACUUUUUUUUCGCAGUCGCAACUUAUCUGUCGUCUUCUUGUCUGUCUGUUUUGUAGCACAUAUUUGCCUGAAUUGUUGAAACUUAAAUGUCCUCCUUAUCUGUUGUAGGUCUUGGUCUUGACAGAUUCAAACAUUUGGACAAAGAAGUGAGUAAAUUACUGUAACUGUUAGUAAGGCUAGCUAAAGAGCUUAUCUUAAAUCUAAAUUUGCUCAUGUUAAUUAACUUGAAGCAAGUCUAAAUUGCAGUUUCCAUUCAAUUCUUGCAUUCCAGAAAGAUGUGUAUAAAGGCUACACACACGAUGAUGGUACACCUGGGGAAAGCGUCUUACAACAUCUUGGAAAUAAUGGCUUGAUCAAUUUCACAGAUUAUUUAUUUCUACUCACUGUACUUGGAAGUAAGUAUUGAAUUUAGGAUUGUGGGCACCCACAUUCCAUAGAACUGAUUGUAGAAGAGUUUUGUGGUUUUGAGUGUAAGUCAUGCUUGUCAGAUGUUGGGAUCCUAAGAAGUGAUCUUCCUGCAAGUGCCUGAAGCGAACUGUAGUCCUUGGUCAGAUUAGGUCUUAUGCAUGCAUAAGUAAGGUAACAAAUUUCAAGAAUUCUCUUUUCAAUGAUGCCAAAACUCCAGUUUCAAAUGCCAAAUCUCAAUUUUCAAAUGCCAGAAAUCCGUUUUCAAAUGCCAGAACUCCGUUUUCAAAUGCCAAAACUCCCUUUUCAAAUGCCAAAACUCCCUUUUGAAAAGCCAGAACUACCUUUUCAGAUGCCAAAACAACGUUUUCAAAUGUCAGAACUCCGUUUUCAAAUGCCAGAACUCUGUUUUCAAAUGCCAGAACUCCCUUUUCAAAAGCCAGAACUCCCUUUUCAAAUACCAAAACUUCGUUUUCAAAAGCCAGAACUCCCUUUUCAAAUGCCAGAACCCCCUUUUCAAAUGCCAAAACUCCGUUUUCAAAUGCCAGAACUCCGUUUUCAAAAGCCAGAACUCAGUUUUCAAAAGUCAGAACUCAGUUUUCAAAAGCCAAAACUCAGUUUUCAAAUGCCAAAACUCAGUUUUCAAAUGCCAAAACUCAAUCAUUUCAAAUGGCAGAACUCUCUUUUCAAAUGGCAGAACUCCGUUUUCAAAUGCCAGAACUCCGUUUUCAAAAGCCAGAACUCCGUUUUUAAAUGCCAAAACUUCGUUUUCAAAUGCCAAAACUCAGUUUUCAAAUCAGGAGGCAGUUGCCGCCCCCACCCUACCAAAAUUUCUACCUCUCAGUAGAUGAUGCUUCAUAUCAAGGGGAAAGUGCCAGGUAUUAUUGGCCCUAUUGGGUUUAUACAGUAUCAGAACAUCUUAUUAAUCAUGAAGCUGUAAUGUGCUUUAAUUACUUGUUUUUACAGCUCCUCCGCGACAUAUUUCCAUUGCUUUCAAAAUGUUUGAUUUGAAUGGAGAUGGCGACGUAUCUGCGGAUGAAUUUGAUAAGGUUCGAUCAUUUGUACACUAUGAUUUUUAACCCUUUAAGAAUUGACUUGCACCCUACUUUAUAAUAAUUUUACUCAGUGUAACACCAGACAAUUUUACUUGUUAUUAAGCAGAGAGCGCUGGCAUCAAGGGGUUUGGUGCCAAGUGGUAUAACUUACAUUUACGGAAAUUAAGUUUUCAUCAAGUGAUUCAAAAAUGCUUUUGACUCAAACUUGCAAUUUUGUUGUAAAUAUCUUUUCUUUUUGUCAUUAAAUAUGUUUAUAUCAAGAACAUUUAACCACAAAACAAUAAACAAAUUCAUUUCUGUGCUUCAUCCAGAUGCAGUCAGUGUUACUGUCCCUCACGUCGACUGGAAUGAGACAUCGUGAUAGAAAAACCACGGGCAAUGUCAUGGGAUCACAGGUGAACACAGGGUUAAAGGAGUACUUCUUUGGACCUCAGUGUACACAAAAACUGACUGCACAACGCUUCAUUGAAUUCCAACAGAAAUUACAGAAAGAAGUUCUCUUCCUUGAAGUGAGUUGUGGUCCUUUUAAAAAUAUCUUGUUGAUCUCGAUAAAACCUCCUUCACUACUGAAAAUUUUUCUUUAUAUCCUAGAGUUACUCCCUUAUAGCGGUAUAGCCACAAACCAUGGCUAUAAAAUAUGCUGCAAACAAGCGUACUUUAUAGCCACAAACCGAGAUUGUAAGCAGGCUUUUAGCCAGAAGGGCGUCCAGGCAUCCUGGGACGGCCAUAGAACGAAAAGUGGACGCCUUUAUCACGCCCAAAUUCUGGGGGAAAAGGGAAAUUAUUUUCAAUGAUUUCCCUAAGUAUAUUAAUAUAUCUGAAACGAAAUAGCUUCAAUUCUCAUUAUUAUUAUAUAUUUGACAUUUUGAUCAAUUUGAUGGUGUACCUGGCUGAAUGAAAAUGUCGUAGUUAAGUAAAGAAGCAUAGCGGCACAAACUCACAGAGCCAAGUGUGUUUGAAAAAUUUCUAGCGAGCUUGGAACAGAUACUGAUAUGAAGUAACGUAAACUUCAAAAUUUUCAAGAGGAACGUUUUCUCCAACCAUCCCCCCCCCCCCCUCUUUACUGUAGAUGUAUCGUUAUACCAAAUUUGGACGCCCUCUUUUAGGACCCUGGCUAAAAGGUUGGCUACAAGGUUUUCCGGAAACAGACGUACUUUAUAUAGCCACAAACUAAGGCAGUAUAAUUAGUAGGACCCCGAACGGAUCCUCAGUAUGUUCCAUCAAUUAUAGUUCCCAUUGCUUUUGUCGUUUCCUUGCAUUUUAUAAUGCAAUGUUUUUACGAAGUUUCUAACGUUGAGAAAUUCCGUUAUAUCUUAGUUUCAGUUCUACGAACCUGUGGACGGCAAGAUCACGGAGGUCGAGUUCGCUGACAUGUUGUUGACGUACUCAAGUUUUACCAGCAAGAAAAAGGAACGUACUUUGAAAAGGAUUAAGAAAACGUUCAGAGAGAAUUCACAGGUAGAUGAUUGAACUGAACGGUGUAGCAUAGUGCUCAGUGCGUGUGUCUUUCAUCUCUGUCUGUGAGGUUUGAUUCCUGCAAUAUACAGUUGUCUGAUUAUAAUUCCACCUCAGUCACGUGUAAAAAGAGUGCUUCCGUGGUUUAACUCCGAAAGUUUUUUCACCGUUCCUUCCUGUAGUAACACUUGAUGAAUAUUAAACACAAGAACUCCCUUUCAAAUGGCAGAACUUGGUUUUCAAAUGCCAGAAGUACCAUUUCAAAUGCCAGAACUCCGUUUUCAAACGCCAGAAGCCCAGAACUCCCUUUACAAAUGCCAAAACUUGGUUUUCAAACGCCAGAAUUCUGUUUUGAAAGUGAAUAAGGAAUGACCUUCACUGAACCUCUGGGGAGAAGAGUUUUUAGAACUGACAACAGUUUGAAGUUGCAUUGCACCGUAAUGUGCCCUAUUUUAUUAUUUUACUGUCUCACGCCAGAUGAUUUUAAGAGAAGAGCGCUAGCAUUCAAUGGGUUAAAACUGCUGGAGCUAUCCAAUAUAAAUUAAGGUUGAUUUUUUGUCUGUGUUGGUGGUAUAUGUACUCAGGUGAAUAUCAUCUUUGUGAUGUUACUCUGAGUGUAUAUCCACACCGGACAAGCUUGAAAAACAUGCUUGAGCUCCGAAAAAUAUGACUCAGUUCCGAAAUAUCACAUACUCGAACCGACCGGACCGUGUAGCUCAGUUGACAGAGCAUUGGGCUAGUCUUCCAAAGGUCGUAGGUUCGAUUCCCACCACGGCCAGGCAUAUUUUUCAAGCUUGCCCGGUGUGGAUAUACACUCAGAGUAACAUCACAAACAUCAUAUAUUAAGGUUGUUUAGUCAACGCAUAUUUCUUCCUCCAGGGUGUGACAUUCAAAGACUACGUGGAUUUCUUCAGUUUUCUAAGAAACAUCGGCGAUGUUGAUACAGCUCUUAGUUUUCAUACAGCCUGCGGUAGUGAUCUCAAUCCAGGUAACCUUGAACGGUCAGUGUAGAUGGUGACAGUAAAUAAAAAAGCUUCGGAUUGUUAGGGAUUCAACUGCCUGAAAAAUACAAGGACCAUCGCUCGAAAUGUCGAAGUUCUCCUUGUAUUUUUCAGGUAGUUGUAUCCCAGAGGAGGUUAUUUCGCUGGCCUCAGAGUGACAAAACGUAACAAAGCAACGGUUUUACUAACACUAGCGCUAGUGCAGCUAUGCCAAACACAAACUGGGUCCAACUCUAACCAUAAUCCUAACCCUACUCCAAGUUUGUUCCUAAACCAAUCUUGGAGAAAAAAGUUUUAACGAAAUGUCAUUCUGAGUAUAAAGUUCAGUUGAUGCCAAAAGUUAUUUCACUUUGUUUUCGAUGAUUGAAUAGCUUGUCAUUUCAACGAAAUAACUUCUUCCUUACAUCCCUAACAAUCCCAAGCUUUCACUCAGUUUACGGUCAUUGUAUUCGUGUCCGUAGUUGGAAAAAUGACGAGAUUGAGGCCGUAAUUUUCCUAACGUGCAUGGCUGUGCAUUUCUUUUAGAAACAUUCAAACGUGUUGCGCACCUCGUAUCGGGAGUGAGGCUACAAGAUCAUAUUGUCGAUGUUGUUUUCAAAAUGUUUGAUGAAAAUGGUGAGCUAUAUAUAACAACGAACCAGUGAUGGUACUAUGGCAAUCAGAGAUGGCCCUUUCUGGACAGAACAGUUUAGAACUGAUAGAGCUAUCCAGUAUAAAUAAAGUUACUUUAGGUUUCCCCAUGUAGUAACACUGGAUCAAUAAGAGAUGAUCCUUACUGGACCUCUAGGGAGAACAGUUUAGAACUGAUAGAACUAUCCAGUAUAAAUAAAGUUAGUUUAGUUUAGGUUUCCUCCUGUAGGAACAGUUUAGAACUGAUAGAGCUAUCCAGUAUAAAUAAAGUUAGUUUAGUUUAGGUUUCCUCCUGUAGUAACACUGUAUCAAUAAGAGAUAAUCCUUACUGGACCUCUAGGAAGAACAGUGUAGAACUGAUAGAGCUAUUCAGUGUAAAAGAAAGUUACUCUAGUAAGUGGUAUAAAUGACUACAAAAUUAUUGCCUUUGUUGUAGAUGAUGGUGAAUUAAGUUCAAAAGAAUUUGUCAGCGUUAUGAAAACAAAUUUAAUGCGGGGCCUGGAUAAGGUAUGUUCAGUGAAGGUGCUCUACAUCAACUAUAAUGUGGACUUAUUUUAAUCCCGACCCUCGAUUAAAAUAAGUCCACAUGAAUAGUUUGUUGUGCAUGUUGUUAGUAUUUGUAAUUCUUAUUUUCUAGCCCAAGGACACAGGUUUCACGAAACUUAUCGCUGCAAUAUCAAAAUGUGCUAGACAAAGUGUGAAGGAACAGCUGUUUCAGAAAUGAAUAGUUAAGUAUGACGUUGUAAUGUGUAUAUAAAAAUAAAAUAUUGUUUUGUGAUGCUUGUGGUAAAAGGCUCAGCAAAAUUAUAUACAAUGACACUGUUGGACACAGGGUCCCAGCCAGGUUUACCAAUCUACCCGUCCAAAAAUGUUUCCCUUGGAAUAAAUUUGAAAUCAGAUCUUUAUCUUCUAAAAACGUGAUUUUUAGCAGUCAAAAGAACACGUGUAAAUUUGCACUCAAAACUGAAGACUUAAUGGUUGCCCUAGCUCGCGAACAUAAUCGCACAUAAUUAAAAUCGACGGGUGGACGGGCCUCUGGCUAAGCCCAUGGUUGGACAUAUACAAACGCCAGCUUGACAAAGGAUAGUCAGUUUUUUUUUCGGGUGUAGCAGUUAAUAGGGUUCGAUCAUAAUUUCAUCCAAGUGACAUGUGAGAAGAAUGCUGGCAAGCUUACUCGCCUGGUUUCCCUCAUGUUGUAAAGUCUACGACGGAAGAGCCCUCUAGGGAGAACAGUUCAGAACUGAUACAGCUACCCAGUUGUUUUGUAUUUCAUUAAAAAUAGUUGGUGCCUGGUGGUUCUGGACUUCUGGUAAUAUCCAAUAUGUCUUAGUUUCUCGGAGAAAAAAAGCUCGCACAAAAAAGACAGUAGUGUCAUCAAAUAUUUUAAUAAAAUACAAAUACAUUUUAAAUUGAAUGUCACAGCGUAAAUAUUGUUCAUUCACAUCACAGUAUUGUACCGCUAUACCGCCAUGAUAGCAACUCGAUCGUCCUUUUCAGCAGAGGGAGGAGUGGGUGGGACUCUAGAUGUCCAUUAACUAAGGGUAUUGUUGCAGGGAGGUGGGACUCAAGAUGUGGCACCAGGUUGAGUUGGAGGGUUAAGUCCUUGCUCUUUCCCUCCGGUACCCAUACGAUGUGGAUCCUGAGAGGGGUAAUGAAUAGUAGGGGGUGCUCCUCUGUUUGGUGGUGGGCCACGAGGCAUAUUAGGAGGGGGCAUAUUGGGAGGGGGUAGGUUAGGAGGAGGGAUGUUGUUUGGGGGUGGACCUCUCAUGAAUGGUGGUGGUGGCAUGAAUCUAUGAGGGGGUGGUGGGUAAGGCCCUCGUCCACCAGGGGGGUAGGGUCCUCGUUGUCCAGGGGGAGGUGGUAAUCUUGGAGGCAUGAGGGGAGGCUGGCCAUGCAUGGGAGGUGCACCCAUUAGAGGUUGUGGAGGUGGCAUGGGGAGAGGGGGUAAGGGUAUCCCGGAGGUCGAAGCUAGAUUAAAGAAGUUGUUUUCCUCUGGUUUGGAUGCUGGUGGUGGUGGUAAUGCUACAAGAGAAAAGUAUGGUUACACCAUUCUGCUGGUAUGGGUGAAUGGGUGAAGUUCAAUUGUUACCCACCUUCAGGUAAGCCAGGAACAGGGGUCAGCUUCGCCCCACCUUCCCUGCCCGGUGUAGCUUUUGCCCCUUGCGACUUUCCCCACAAGAUUUUCAAUCUGCGGCCUUUCAUGAUCAAUUUAUUGAAGGAGUUUUCUGCCGCUGUUUCAGCCGAGAAGCGGUUUGUGAAACACACAAAUGCACAUUGUUGUUUCGGCACCAUCGUGAUGGAACGGAUCUCACCAAACUGAUAGAAAUGGUCUCUACAGCGACAAGAUAUACACAUGAAUGAAUGUUUUAGCCAGGUUUAUAAAACAAUAUA